CUCACCUCAUCUUUAUCUUAUUUUUACCUUCUGUCUUUUACUAUCAGCUCUAUCAUUAUGUGCCCUCCGCUUGGAGUAGUCGAGACUAACCAGUCUAUUUCAACUGAUAUCCCGAAAUGCAUACCCGCAGAUUAUCUCUCCCAGGGCGCCUACAAGCUCGCCCAAUCACAUCUCCCUCCACCCAUCCUGAACCACAGUAUUCGUGUUUUCCUGCUUGCAGACUUCCUGGCACAACGUGAACAGUCGGGAUGGGCUACUCAAGACAGGCGAAGUCUGCUCUGCGUUGCCUGCAUCCUGCACGACAUCGGAUGCGCAACCCAAUUCGACGGCCCGCAGCGUUUCGAGGUUGAAGGGGCUGAUGCUGCAGCUAAUUAUCUUCGACAGUCUAACACUGCCCAAUCAGACAUUCAUGAAGUCUGGCAGGCGAUUGCUUUGCAUACGAGUCCGGGCAUCGCAGAGCGUAUUAGCCCUCUUGCCCGUCUGGUGCGUCAAGCUGUGCUCACCGACUUCGGCAGACAGUUGGACCAAGAAGGCGAAGAUACUCGAUCACCUGUGGAGCAGUCAUUUCCACGACUUGGUAUUGAAAAAAUCCUAGGAGAUACUGUCGUUGAUCAAGCAUUGAGACGGCCUGAAAAGGCACCACCGGCCUCCUGGCCUGGAAUACUCCUACGCGCCAAGAAAGAAGCACCGGAAUGGGAUGGCGUUAACAAAGCAUUUUGAUAGUUAUGGACUAUUAUAUAAGAGUAUUAAAUCUUUGCAGGAUAUACUGCUGCUCCUCUUCCGUCACUUGCAUUCUCGUCAGAUUGUAUCCAUCUCGGAGACGAGCAUUCACAAUGAUCUUUCUCGUCUUGGACCGGACUGCUGAUUCGAUGCUUUUAGCAAUGCCAUGG